UCAACCCGAGGGGCACUUUACAACACUACCCUCUAAACCCCUUCGAACGCUAUCUCUAUCCAUCUCAGCUCAGAGUGCACACCGAGCAACUACCAUGGCUACCGCUCCUUCGCUUCUACACUCAUCUGGGUCCUCUUUUUUCUCUCAAUUUCGUGCCUUUCAAUUCUCUUCUUCUUCGCUGUUCCCUCAUGGAAACAGGCAUGGGAAUGCCGUGGUCUCUGUGAAGGCCUCUGCUUCUGGGGUUGUGUUGGUGGAGAAGUCUGAGGCAGAGAAGGCCAAUAGGCUCAAAACAGCUUACACUGAGAAAAUUAUUCCCUUGCUCAUGGAAGAGUUCUCUUACACCAACAAACACCAGGUGCCUAAAAUUGAGAAGAUUGUGGUGAACUGUGGUAUUGGAGAUGCUGCGCAAAAUGCAAAGGGUUUGGACGCGGCAAUAAGUGAUCUAGCACUGAUCACAGGGCAGAGACCUAUUAAGACUCGGGCCAGGGCUUCUCUUGCCACUUUUAAGAUCAGGGAAGGUCAACCGCUUGGGAUUGCUGUGACACUAAGAGGAAAUAUGAUGUAUUCAUUCCUAGACCGAGUUAUCAACCUGGGACUUCCUAGGACAAGAGAUUUCCAAGGUGUGAACCCCAACAGCUUUGAUGGGCAUGGGAACUACAGCAUUGGCAUUAAGGACCAGGGUGUGUUCCCAGAGAUCAGAGCCGAUGUUGUUGGUAAGCCUCGGGGAAUGGAUAUCUGCAUCGUGACGACGGCUAAUACCGACCAAGAAGCACAGAAAUUGUUAGCUCUUAUGGGUAUGCCCUUCAGAGAGGGAAGUGGUCCUGCCACGAUAAUUCGGAAAAAGAAGCUUAAGUCUCAUCAUUUUGAUGCAAAAUCAAAGGGAAGAGGAAGGAGGUGACAUAGUUUUGAUGCAAAAUCAUAGGAUAAAAGGAAGUAAGGUUGGAACCAGAAGAGACUGUGUUGUAUUCCUGGUUUCAUUCAGAUGUAAUAUUAUUUUUGAUUCUUUAUGUAAGAGGCUUGGACAUGCCAUCAACUAUGUCGCUAUGAGGUUAUAAUGUGGUCUUGCAGAUCUUGCUUGCUAAUUGAUUUCCAUUUAUUUCCUGUUUA